UCGUGCCGGCUCCGGCACGGCACUGGCAGUUCUCCCGCUGGCGCCUGGACGCCAGAAACAGCACCCGUGCCGCAGCAGUGAGCCGUACUGCCCCCACCCACCCCAAGGGGGAUCUUCCGGAAAUGAUCCACUGGCUCAUCUUCCGGUUGAUAAUUUGUCGCACCCACUUCCGAUCACGUGAGGCCUCACCCUCUCCUAUUGGAUUUCCUCCUGUGGGCAUUUGGUGCCUCCACCACCCAUUCUUCCUGGCCUACUCACGGAUCCAGCCCCACGCCGCCGUCCAGUUCCCAGGCCACGGUUCCCCAGAGUCCCUCUGCUAGCUCCCGACGUUCCGAGCUUUCCCCGUGUGAUUUGAGUGUGUUUUUGUCCCCCAAAGUUGUCCCACUGAAGACAUCCAGAGUCCGUCCAAAACAGUCCCCCAAAGGCUCCCAAAGCCCACCAAACUCGUCCCACCAAGUCUUCGCUGCCUCCUCGCCCUCUUCGCCAUGUUUGGAACCCCUUUUUCCCGCUCAAACGGCCCCCAGGCGCCCUCCCAUUUCAAAGACUCCGCCAGAAAUGCCAUCUACCAGCAGCUCCCUCCGCUAGGACUGGUCAGCUCGUCAGCCACGUCGGUGCGAUCCGCACCCUCGCAGUUCAACAAGUCGCCUCUGGGCUACAGAAGCCUGACGUCGUCGAUUUUCUCAUCGUUUUCGGGAAAACGGUCCGUGCGGUCUGCUCCCUCCGUCUACUCGAGCUCCACAGCCACCAUUCCCGAAGAUGCGGUGCCUGUAUCGACCACGGUGGAGCAGCUCGUCAACGACAUCGUAUUGCACGAGAAUUAUUUCCUCGACAAGGCUCUCCAGAAGAAACAGCAGCAACAACACCAGCAGUACCAGCAAUUGGGUGCCUACUACGACGACUUGGAUGACGAGGAGCUCUACAAGAUCUGCUUAGGCUCCGACUUGCAGUACCAGAACGUUCCAGAGUCGCUUAUCGACUGGAACUUGAACGUCACCAGAUGCAAGCUCAUCUUGGUGCAGUUGCCCAUGAUCACGUCUGCUCCCAACUACCAAUACUCGCAGAGUGCGUUGCCCCAGCUCGUGGGUGAUCUUGCCCAGUUGUGUCACAUCGUGUUGAUCCAGCCUCACAUCACCGACAAGGAGCUCAUCUACACGCUUUUCUCGUCCAACCUCUACCAGGAGCACAACCUCGAUGCCACGUUCAAGAAGUCGGUAGCUGAGAUCUCGGUCAAGCAAUCGAGACUCCUCCAGAUCAACGACACCACCAAGAAGAACAACGCCAUCACCUCCAUCGACAACCAAACGUUUUUGAAGUUCAAGUUCAAGGAAAUCGCCAUCCGAAACUACUUGAUUAACUUGGCUGCCGCAGCCACCACGGCCCACGAGUACAAGCAGAAGUCAGACGCCCUCAAGAAGGAAAUCAAGGAACAGCUUUUGAAGGAAUCCGCAGCCGAUCCUGCCUCGAUCAGCACCAAAAAGAUCAAGCUACCAAAAAGCGACAAAACCAGAUUGUGGGAGCAAGUAAGGCUGGAUGUGUUCAAGAGAGCAGGCUUGGAGGAGUGAGCUCCUCCGUCCAGCGUGCUGGCCGCCUGCCGAUACCU